AUUGCGGUCCACAAAAGCAAGACCGUUAUGCAGAUUCCUGCAUUCAACAUAGCGCGUGCAUCGGAAAGUUGAAUGUCGGAAGAUGUGCCCGACAACGAGCGCUUGCUCGUGCCAAAAAUCAAUAGGUUUUAUCUGGUGACGUCACACAGUAGAAAAGCAUCCAUUGGCAGCCCGCUAUACUCAUCCAGUUAUUUAUUAAAGGUGCAUGAAUGGGUUAAAGCAAACUGUGAUAAACCGGACGGUAUAUCCAAGACAAUCGCCUAGCAGAAAUCGGUCGGUAAUUAAAACACGAUAACCGAGGUCCAAAAUAUUCGCGAAUCGGGCAGUCCGUUGUGACCGCAUCUGGAAAACUGGAAACAUACUGGAAAGGGUAACGCCUGAGCUCCGAAUUCCAUUCUGUUACAUCGCGAUAUGUCGAACGGGUCCGCUGGUACGGGUUGCUGUCUUCAAGAUGCCACGAUAUUCACGGGUUGAGACUGCCGUGUGAAAGUGUUAAACUGUGGAAUGAUUGGCAAGGGAUAGGAUGAUGGAGGAAGGACCAGAUUUGUCUCAUCUUACACCCGAAGAAAGGGCCAUUAUCGAGUCCGUCAUGGUCCGACAAAAACAAGAGGAGCAGAGGGAACAGGAGAUCAUGAGAAGAAAGGCUGACGAAGUUCACAUUCUGGAGGAAACAAUCAGGGCAAGAAGCGAGCAACACAAAAAGGCGGGAAUAGAGUUGGACGCCACAUGUCACGUAUGCCUGAAAACUAAGUUUGCAGAUGGUGUCGGCCAUCUGUGUAACUAUUGUUCUAUCAGGUGCUGCGCUAGGUGUGGAGGAAAAGUUACCCUACGUUCGAAUAAGGUUGUGUGGGUGUGUAUACUCUGUAGGAAAAAACAAGAAUUGUUGAGCAAGACAGGCCAAUGGAUAAUGGGAGGUACAAACGCAUCGGAAACGGAUACACCACAGAUACAACAAGCACCUUCGGACAAGAGACCAAAGUUAGAGAGAGCACAUUCCGCGGCAGAAAAAGAAAAUUUACCUUUGCAACGAUCUGGAAGCCAGUUAAGAAGGCAGUACUCGGAACAAGAGAGGACGUCUUCUUGCGAUAGGUACCAACAGCAGUACAACGAGGAUGACCCGCGUUAUUACCAAGGGGAAUUGGAAGGGUUGAUGAGAACUCAUCCGCAUUUAGUUCCAAGAAGAUAUCCAGACCAGGAGCCAGAACCAACAGAUAUGGACGCCUCCACAAGGAGGCUACAAACGACAAUAAGUGCCAACAAGAAACAUAAACGAAGCAGCUCCACGAAAAAGCACCAGAACAAUCCGCAAACCCUUCAUCAGCAGCAUUCCUUCUCCAGCUCGGAAGAAGACCUGAAAUCAACCCCGGAGUAUGGGAGCGAUGAGAGAGAUAGCGAGAAAGAACUUCCUCCCUCAGGGGCCCAUGAAGAAUGGCCACCCCUAAGCCAUUACAUCAUGGCACCUCAUCACCGUCCACUUCAAGACGUUACGGCCGACAAUCGGUGCUUCACAGAACGAAGAAAAAAAACCGUCAGGUUCGACCACCACGAGGCCUGGAAUCAACAGACCUCCCAGGAUUCCCACAGGGAUUCUGGGAUAGACACGUCUUCGAACUUCACGUCCAGCGAAGAUUCCACCAGAGAUCUGCCCAAGCCCCUCCUCUGGCAACUAUCUGAAGAUGGACAAACAGCAAUAGGUCAUAUGAUAUUAAGAAGAGAUCUGAGAAAUAAUUCAAAAGCCUUACUUGGCUUGAAAAUCGUUGGCGGAAGAAAAAUGGAAAAUGGCCAGAGGUGUGCUAUCAUACAAAAUGUAAAAAAGGGAAGCAUAGCAGACAUCGAAGGACAAUUACAACCAGGAGACGAAGUGAUAGAAUACAACGGUAUCCCGUUACAAGGCAAGACAUAUCAGGAAGUUGCUGACAUAAUAGCAGAAAGCAAACAAGAUGCCACCGUAGAACUUAUCGUAUCGAGAAAACUCAAGGACGAAUCGAACAAAGGAUUGUGGAAGCAGUGUUUGAGCAGUCAAGGUCAAGCUGUCUACUGGCAGCAGGAGGGCGACUACGAUCGGCCCAGCGUGCUGGUGACAUCGCCCGGAAGUCCGGAAAGAGUGAGGCCCCCUCAGCCGGCCCUGGCGCCGAGCGUUGGGGGCAGGAUACAGGUCAGGCUCGCUUACGACUCAUCCACACUGCAGUUGUUAGUCACGAUUGUAUGCGGAGCGGGUCUGAGUUCGCGCGGUCAUCAGGGUAGGAACCCCUACUGCAAGUUGUUUUUGUUGCCGGAUCGGUCGGAGAAAUCUAAGAGGAGGACGAAGACUUUAGCUGGAACCACUGAACCAAUUUGGAACCAAACUUUCAUAUACUCCGGUCUGCGCAGAUCCGAUCUUCCAAUAAGAGCCUUAGAAAUAACAGUAUGGGACUUGGUUCCACACGGUGCCAACGACUUCUUGGGGGAAACCAUCAUAGAAUUAUGGCCCUUGGACGAAAAUCCCAUGUGGAGGACACUUGGACCACAUGAGGAGGUAGCAUUGACACCCAGCGAGCACUUGUCACCUCCAAGUACAGGAUCACGUUUCUCAGACUCGGAUACUCCUUCUGAAUGUGAGAUUGAGGGUAAUCGUGAAAGGAGGGGAGCUGAUGGUACUAGUGUCAGCAGUGUGGGCAGUUCCAGCAGUCCGCCCAGGGAUAGUGACAGAAGGUCCAGACGAGAUCAAGAACCUGCAACGAACUACGUUCCGCAAGAUUACAAAAAGAACACCAUGGCAGGCCAUCGAUCCCAUUCGGCUGCUCCUUGCGAGUCACCAAGCUACCACAUGUCGCGAUCCAGAUCCAAGUCACCACGGCGAACAGUGAACGACCACCGAUCGUUAUCCCCACCGGACGUUCGGAUAGUAGACUGUCAGCCAACCACCUACAACGUAUCCAGAUUCCAGUCCCGUUCGGCCACAGCGACUCCAACCGGUUCUCCUAAGAAACGCCAGCUGCCGCAAGUGCCACACGCUUUUGGACGUGCCCUCCAGGAGCGUGUAGCGCAAGAUCUGGACGACAGAAACAACAGGCACAGAAUGAGGUAUAUGCAAUCGUAUAGGAGCGCUGGAUCGGGUUGGGAGAGGAGGUAUAGUGGACUAAGUGACAGUGAUCUCGCCAAUCACACGCGGACUACCAUGAAAUCUCUCUCGCCCGAAAGAGAGAGAGACCCUUUAGGCUUUGCAGACUUUGAUAGUGAUAUGGAGUCUGUAACGAGUAGUGCUUUUUCCACGCAAUCUGAAAGACCAUUAGGAAAUAGAGCUUAUGGCAGCUACUACCAACAGCAUCACCAUAGUUCGGAGUACCCUAGCAGCAGUAACAGAUACCACAGGGGUAACUAUUCAGAUAAUAGGGCCCCACCGAAACAUAGAGAAUACAGGGAUCACAGAGAUUACAGGGAUCAAAGGGACUAUAGGGAUCAUCGGGAUCAAGAUUACAUCGACCCAGUGGAGACUUUGAACCAGAGGAAUGAUGACCAUUACCAGAGAGCGUCAUAUCACCAUCAUCACAGGGACGGAAGUGUGAAGAGAGGGCAGUUCACUAGGAGUUUGUCGAAUUCUGAACCUCCACCAGAUGAAAAAACAGAUGGUAGUUUAAGUGAUACGGCAGUGGUUACUAUGAUAGAAUUGGAUAUACCUUCCAACAAGACUAUGAGGAAAGACAGUCAACGAGAAAGAAAUAGGGAUAGGCAAGACCAGAUGUUGGGUCUUGGUAAAAAGAGUAGUUCCACCAGUCAGUUAUCAGCCACAGGCCGAAAACGAAGAAUGGGAUUUGGUAAAAGAGGAAAAACCUCCUUCACUGUGCACAGAUCCGAAGAAGUGCUUCCAGGAGAUGUCAAACUCUCCAAGCAAGGCUCAUCGUGUUCUAGCGAUGGCGAAGGUUCAGCGGACGGCGAUAGGAGGUGGUCCCCAUCUUUAAGGUUAGCUACUGAAGGAGGCCAAUUAGCCGAAUUCAUUGAUGGUCUUGGACCCGGCCAAUUGGUUGGUAGGCAAGUUCUUGGUGCUCCUGCCUUGGGGGACAUCCAGUUAUCCAUGUGCUAUCAGAAGGGACAACUUGAGGUGGAGGUUAUUAGGGCACGUGGUCUUCAAGCGAAACCCGGAUGUAAAAUAUUGCCAGCUCCUUAUGUGAAAGUGUAUAUAGUGAAUGGUAAAAGAUGUAUAGAAAAAUUGAAGACUACAACAGCAAGAAGGACUCUUGAUCCGUUGUAUCAACAACAAUUAACGUUUAGGGAAAAUUUUAACAAUUGUAUAUUACAGGUAACAGUCUGGGGCGACUAUGGUCGAAUAGAAGGCAAAAAAGUGUUCAUGGGAGUUGCGCAAAUCAUGCUCGAUGAUCUCGACCUGAGCAAUAUAGUGAUAGGAUGGUACAAACUCUUUGGAACUACUUCACUGGUUAGUGGGUCCUCUUCGUUUGGUCUAUCGCGUCGCAGCUCCAUGGCUAGCUUAGAUUCACUCAAGUUGUAACCUUAACCCCUUCCCUCCCAAGAUGUGUUAACUAAUUUUAAGUGAAAAUGGACAGCUUCAAUAACUUCUACGUUAUGGAAGGGCGAAAGAGUUAUACUAUUCAACAUCAAUACUUAUAUCAUAUCUUGAAUAAGUUGAAAGACUUAAUAAAUUAUUGCUCGAAAAAUUUUCACAAAAUAUCGAGAAAAGUACUAGGACAAUAUUGAAUUAAUUAGUUCGUUUCAUAAAUCCAAUUUAUUCUUUUCCAAGAAACCCGGGGAAGUUGAAAAUUUUGAGGAAAGUUCGAAAAUCAUUUCUCGAAAAUAUUUGGAGCAAUCUCCUAUAUUUCCAUAUAUUCAUUAAACCAAGUAAGUACAUGCUGUUCACCGAAACUGUUCGAAUUUUAUACAUCAAAAUAGUUACAAUUUUCUGAAAAGCUGAUUCUUCUGAUAGUUUGAAGUAGCAAAAACUUUAGCCAUAAUCGCUAGUUCAUGAAAAAAUCUGAUAGAUUAUACAAAGAAAUUAUAAUAGGUACUUAAUCGAAAUUACCAAACUUUCAAAUCUGAUUACAUUUACUGAUUCACUCGGCUAUAUGGAAAGAAGAAUUGACCAGGAGUACCUAUCUUCAAGCUCUGAAAUGAUGAGAAUUACCUAGAAUAUUUUGAUUGCAAUCCUGAAAGUAUUAAUAUAAUAAAUUCAAAUCUGAAAAAAUUACAUCGCAGCUCGACACUCACCACAGAAAUGAGGUCAUUACUUUCCUCUUACCGUGUAAAAGUCAGUUAUUUAUAGUCCAUCAAAGACGCCUUUCAAACUUUAAUAUAAUAUUUUUUUCAAUAUAGUAAGGACAAGUUUGUCGAAGGGCAAAAUAAUCGAACAACGUCGAUAGAAUAAAAGACAAAACUGGAAAGCUACAACUUGUCGGGUAGCCCUUAUAUAUAUGAAUGCUUUAUUGGAAUUGAAAAAUUGACAAUUGCUUUUUUACAUGAUAACGUAGAACAUGAUCUAGAUCAUAUUGAUAGAUCUAUUAUAUGAAUUAAAUAUCGAAAAUUUGGUUCAUAAUAUUGAUCGAGGGAUUUCAACCUAAAUAUUUUUACAACCAGUACAAUAACGAAAAAUAUACGUUCCAUCAAUUUCUUGAGAAUUUUCGGAUGCUUUCAAAUAUGAUUUACAAAUAGGUAAGAGUUAAUUCUCUCCAAGUAUUUGAACCAAAUAUUUGGUAUGCCAGUGUAUGGUCGUUUACUGUACCUACCUAUAAAUAUAUCAAAGAUUAUUCAUUCCUAUGAUUGUUAACUUGCAUGUGAUAAAGAAAUUUAUGUUAACUGUUGACUCCGCUUAGAUCAUGAAGAACCUCUGUUGAAUAGUUUCCACUUUAACUGUAUUUUUCCCAAUUAUGUUGGCUCAAAUGAUUGAAUAACCUGUUCGAAAAUACAUUAUCACAAUUCAAAAAUAUUGAGUGGAAACUCUUGAAUUCAAAUAACAAGGAAAUUUUUUUCAGUUCUGGAACUUAA